AUGGCCACUCAUCAACUUCAACCACCCCAAAACCUGCGGUUGAACCUCCGGAUUUACCAGGAUAACGGUUCUCUCCUGGCUGGAACCAGUGCGACAACUGACAGCCUUGUUAUAGCCCUGGAAAUUCCAACUGACGGACAAGACCAAUACAUUUCUCCCGAAAUGCUUUAUCGAUACUGCUCCUUAAAUAUACCUUUUUCCCGACGAGAACGAGCGAACGGCACAACAGACGCUGCACUCCGGCCUAACAGUCGGGCUUCAGUCGGUCCCGGCAACUACAUAGUCCUUGACACAGAUGAAAACCCCACUACUGUCGACUUAACCACUGACUGUGCUCCACGCCGCGUCAGAACCCGUGACAUUAGUUCCCAAUCCCAGGGUCAGAAUGAACGAGAACGCUUGCAAAGGUCGUUUCGCGACAGCCUCCGCAACAGAGACAGAUGUUGUGCAAUUACCGGGCCAUCUGCUCUAGUCAACCACAAGCACCCUUUCCAAGGUAUUGAGGCUACGCAUGUCUUCCCUGUAAGCAUGCUGGAGGGAUGGAGACGAGACGGAUACCGGCGCUAUAUCACGGACAUUCGCCCCAAUAGUGAGAUUAGAGAAUCUAGCCUCUAUUCUGCUCAGAAUGGGCUUCUCCUCCGCGCGGAUAUUCACUCAUUCUUCGAUGCUUUCCAAAUUGGAAUUGAUCCCGAUGCUGAUUACAAGAUAAUUGUAUUCGGAAAGGAUACUGCAGGAAUGGGCGGCACUCGUCUCCAAAACUCUGCCAGAAGCGGAAACCAGCGUGUGAGCCCUGAUCUCCUUCGUUGGCACCUGCGGAUGUGCCUGUACAAUAACCUAAAGGCCAAUACCGAACCAAGGACGAUGUGGGAGGAGGAUCUUGAGGAAGAUCCAAUGGGCAGCAUUCUCCUGCAGCCAGAUGCGGCUGAAAGAAUGGAAGUUGAGCUUUUCACUCGCCUUGGAGGACUGGUAGCAUGA